AUGAGUUAUAUAGAUUAUGUCGGGGUACCGGUAUCUCAAAAAGAAAAGAUCUUGCCGCAAGUACCAUCAGACCAUAACGGCGGCAGCAGCUGUAACAAGAACAAGAACAAUAAAAAUGAGAAUGAGAAGGAGUGCGAGAAUAGUACAAUGGCCAAAUUAUCUAUUGCAUCAUCCUUGUCCACCACAAGCACGAAAUUUUCAUCGUCAGCCGAUUUCGAUGCCCAUAUCCUAGAGGCCAAAAGUUUACGAAGGAAAAAUUUCAAGCAGUUAUCGUUGAAUUCCUCACCAGUAAUUUCCGGUUUCCAAAUUGACGAUGUUGAUAAAAUACGAGCACCAAAAUCCUUGCGUUUGAACAGACAACGACCGGCUCCCAUGCUAAGCUUAUCCAACUUACCCCUAGACGCUACAACUGGCUCAGAACCAAUUGAAACGAAAAAUCAUACACAACCAUUGAUUGCUCAUUCCGGUUUUCACAAUGCUUACUCAUCAUCAUCAUCUUCAUCAUCAACAUCUUCAUCUCUGGGUCAAAUUGUGAGUCAAAUCGUAAGCCGGCCCCCUAGUGUCGGCAAAUCACACACAACAACAUUCAACCUUAAUAGAAGUAGUAAGAAUUUGGAUCCCGAGCUGCAAAUUUCUACUGAAUUGAUAAUAAAUCAGAUAUCAGAGCUUGAUUUAGAAAGUCAACAGCGCACACAACGAGGGAAACAGAAUGGAGGUGGAGGUGGUGAUUCUAUUAAUAGUAUCAGAACACGGCAAACUGUUAUCUCUUCUAUAUCACCAACAAAAUCACCAAAUCAUUCAUUAAAGUCACCAUUAAAUUCAGGACUCCAAGUUGUGGAUGGCCUCAAGAGUAGCGAUCACUCACCCAUUGCAACCACCUGUACGCUAAAGUUGCGCAGUCAAGACCUAUUAACCUUGAAGCAGUUGGGACUGGGCAAUUCAGGCUCCGUUUCAAAAGUCUUACAUAUCCCAACUCAAAAAACAAUGGCUAAAAAAAUCAUCCAUGUUGAUCUGAAAAGUGUCAUACAAACCCAAAUUAUUCGUGAAUUGCGUAUAUUGCAUGAAUGUUUUUCGCCUUAUAUUAUUGAAUUUUAUGGGGCAUUUUUGAACACUAAUAACACUAUAGUGAUAUGUAUGGAAUAUUGCAAUUGUGGGUCAUUAGAUAAGAUUGUCCCGUUAUGCGAGAAUAAACAAUUUCCUAUUUUUGUUUUAAAGAAACUAUCAUUUGCAAUUUUGUCGGGGUUGAAUUAUUUGUAUUCGACACAUAAAAUCAUUCAUCGUGAUAUUAAGCCGAACAAUGUGCUAAUGACGCACAGGGGUGAAUUUAAACUCUGCGAUUUUGGAGUUUCAAGAGAAUUAACCAACUCCUUGGCAAUGGCCGAUACUUUUGUUGGAACAUCUAUGUAUAUGUCACCAGAAAGAAUUCAAGGGCUAAAUUAUGGAGUAAAAUCAGACGUUUGGUCAAUGGGGUUGAUGUUGAUAGAAUUGGCCAGUGGCAUGCCUGUAUGGCUAGACGAAGAAGAGGAAGAGAAAUACGUCGAGGAUCACUUUGGAGAAAAUAAUGGAGAAAACGCAAGGACAGAUUCGCUUAAAGGACCGGAGGGCAUAUUGGACUUAUUACAAAGAAUAGUUAAUGAAAAGGCUCCAUCAUUAAAGUCAAAAAUCAACCCGGUAACUAAAACUCCAUAUGACCCACAAUUAGUUGAUUUCAUAGACUCUUGUUUGAUCAAAAACGAUUCAAUACGAAAAUCCCCAGAUCAAUUUCUCGCAGAUAAAGAGGGAUUCUUGAGGGGAGUUGAGGAAGGUUUGUUUGAUGCGGAGCAUAAAGUAUGGGCCAAAAAGAUCAGAAAAUUGAACAAGGAACAACAUGAAACGAAAAAGUAA